AUGGACAACUCUACCGCAGCAACCUCUCGCUCGAAGCGAAAAUCGAUCGCACAUAUACCGAGUGGCACAGCAGUGGGCAAGGACAAUGCGACAACAGAUAUAGCAGCGCUACAGCGCGCCGAAAGCGCACGAUCAGUACUCAAGAAGAAGUCGCGCGGCAAGAGUCUCGGUCCAGGAGGACUCGAGGCACUCAAGGAGACGUCAGGAAAUGCCACUAAGAUCGAUGCAACGAUUCAGAUCAGAUCUAUUCUGAAGCCGGCUAUUCCCCUAACGCCACCGAAAGUCAUUCCCUCGUUCGACGAAUUGCGACAGCGAAGUACCAGGAAGCGCUCGCCUGCCAAAUCUGGCGCAGAGGAGCUGCUCAUCGACUUCUCUACGCCAGCUGCGUCGCGCACUACGAAUACACAAGUGGCCGUCACUGGCAGCGAAAAGGUCAUUGAUCCAUUCAGCCCUGCAAGGCCGAUGACCGAUGGCCCAGACGCGAUGGUGGAGGAUGACGACGAAGUUGAAGCAAGGCAUCAGGCACAGAAAAAAGCAGCUCUGGAUCGCCGAGCAGAGCGACGAAAGUCGAUGGCCAACAGACGGGUCUCGUUUGCGCCAGAAGCGACUUUGCAUACAUGGAGCGUGAUGGAGCUGGCCGAAGAUUCGACCACAAGUUCAGCUUCCAAUUCGACUCGUCGACAAUCGUCCAUGACGGCCGAGGCAACCCCAAAGCCUCAGUCAUUUUCACCAGAAAGACCGGCCACGCCAGAAGAGCAGGUCGACGAACUCCAAGUCGAGGCAUCGCCAGCACAUCAGCGCGAUCUACAUCAGCGUAAACAUCGCAGAAGUAGCACCGCACCUGUCGCACAAUUAGAGGGAUCCUUGGAAGAAGUUCUGUCGUCUAGCCCUUCAGGCGAUAUCAUGACUGAAAGCAGUCCUGUCCGCAUCGAUGACAGUGUUGGGUCUGACACCGACGAUGAUACUGAUGGGGACACUGCUAUGAGUAUGGAUGAUCCGACAUCACAGUCGGUGGUCUCAGAAAACUCGACGAGCUCUCAGGGUAGCCUGGACGAGAGAUUACGGCAAGCCGCAAAUUUGGCUGGCACGCGAGGUAUCGAUUAUGAUGAGAACGGCGAAGAUCUUUCCAUGGAGAUGGCUACAUCGACAGUGACUAACGCCUUCCAGCCGUGGGCCGCAAACAACCGCGUUGCGCCUGAAUCGACUGCGAUGCUCGAUCAGGAAAACGCACCCUUUGUCUCCACCGCGAAUGAGCAACAAAGCGAGCGCGACGAUCCUGACGACGGGCAAGAUGACACUCAAGACAUGAGCAUGGACGUCACGAGCGCCGUUGGAGGUAUCCUGUCUAAGGGACAGCCUAGCGCCAAUCGACGAAAGUCAGUCGCGUCACGCCGACGUAGUGUGGCUAGACGUCGAUCUUCUGGAGUUAAUUCUGAGAACGACGAUUCAUCUAUGGACUUUACUGCUGUCGGCGGUCAAAUUCUGACUAGAGGCCCGAAUGAUGAUAACGAUGGCGCUUCUGACGAGGACCUGACCAUGGAGUUCACCAGCGUCGUGGGGGGAGUGCUGGGGCAGCCAUAUCAAGGCAGCUCCCCCGAGAAGCCCGAAGCUGACGAGACGAUGGAUUUGACCGGCAAUAUGGACAUGACUGUGGCAUACGGUGGCAUCCUGCCUCCCAUCGAGGAGCAGACCGAACCAGUGACUGAUGCCGAAGACACCCAGACUGCACCUAUGGACAUGACUAAAGCUGUAGGAAACAUCUUCCAAAGCAAAGCGCCCACACAGAAGGCAACGCCAGCUCGCGACCAGACUCUUACCAGGUCCACUCUCACAGAUCCGCGACAUGCUGGAGUCCAAAGCCAGGCUCCUGUGACAUCCAUUGCAUCAGAGACAGGUAGCCCGGACAUCACCUUGAAGCCGCGCCUCUCUGGGAGGUCACGCAAGCCUCAUGGACCUUCGACGACACCCAAAUUCAGCCCGAAACGCAUCUCUCCCGUCAGAAACUCGCCCAUGAAGCUGAAAGCUGCUACACCAACUAAGCAGCUGACUCCUCUACCAGCCCGUGUCGCGACGCAAAAUAAGACUCCCGUGAACACAGCGGUCGAUCAGAAAACAGCAUCACCUAAGCGCCUGUUCCAGGAUGAGAUCAAAGCACGCCAGUCUCCUGCUCUAGCCAGAAAUGCCAGUCCUGGCAAGACUGCCAUUUUUUCACAGGAUAUGCCGAGCGUGAUACUCUCUGCGGUCAGACCUCAGCUUACUCGGAAGCGAUCGAGUGGUAUAGGCAUUGAUCAAGAAGGCUUCGGAUCACCACGUGUGGCUGAGAUGCUUAAUCGGCGGUCAUCCAUCGUAGAUUCGGCUGCUGAGUUCAAACUUGAUGUCGGCCAGCGGUCUCGCUUACGGUUCGAAGAUCCGCAAGAGCUAGCACGCGAGGUCGAUGCUGAACGAGCUGAAGAAGAACGACGCGAAAGUGGUCGAUUCAUCAUGGAGCAGGAAGCAGACGCGCCGCAGCAAGAAAACACUACCAUGAAUCUCAGUCAGAUGAUCGAGUCAAUGACUCCGAGAAAGGAGCCGAAGAGCAGAUUGAAGGGGCGCAAGAGUCUUGCAGUCGGAGCAGCGAGAGGCCUGCUCGGCAAGCGUCCCGCGGAGCUUGACCUGGACGAAGAAGACUCACCUUCAAGCCCGAAGAGACUGAGGGCUAUCUCAAGGGAAGGAAGUCCAGUCAAGAAAGUGCAUCUGCCUAGGCCCCCAUCAAAAGAAGAGAUCACUGGCCGGCUCACAAGAGCCGAGCAAGUACGACUGAACGCACUCGCAGGACCUGGUAGCACGACACCAGCUGCUUCACCACCAAAGAAGUCUGCAACGAGUCCGCAUCCCGGCCCUCGCUACAAAGAUCUGCCUUUGGAGCAAGCUGACGAACGACCAGAGUCUUUUGUCGACAAGUUGGACAAUGUCAUGGAUGCCGUUGAUAUCUCCAUUGGGCAAGAUGCUGAGAAAGAGAGCAUCUCGUUGCAGAACUUCCUCAACAUGACAAAUAUCCACUUCAUCGAGCUUUCAACUACUAAACGUCGCCACACUCAAGCUCCAGCUCCUCAGCGACCAUCGCAAGAGCAAGAGGACAGAUCAACGGAGGCGCAGUUCGCGGCUGCCAGCACUACACUACCGCUCAUUGAGCUUUAUCAGCAUGCCACAAGGGAGCUCAAGCGCAACAUCUCCGACGGCCGAAGAGUGAUAAGAUCUAUCGAAGCCGAAACACUGCACGAGCAGCCGGCGCUCUUCCGAGAGUACGUCGACGCACGACCAGAGGUCAGAGCUGUCAUGGACAAUCAAUUCCGGAACGGCAAGACCAAUGCCAGACUACAGAGCAAGGAGAUCUGGUAUACGUGGCGCGGGCAGCUAGUCAGUGGCUUGAAGUCCGGCCUUGACGACAUUGCAAAGGGUCUGCAAGGGGAUGACAAGUUGCUGGAAGAGCAACAACGAGAGCUUGAUCAAGUCCUUCCGGCACUUCAAGAACAGCAUUCGUCUCUGUCGGAAGAGCUGUUGAAAUUGCAGGAGCUCCGCGCAGAUCUAGACAAUGUGGACAUGGAUGCCCUUGAGCAGACACGGAAGGAGCUUAAGGCAGCCGAUGAAGAGCAUGCUCGCAAGUCAGCCUUACUAGACGAGCUCAAGCAACAAAUGCGAGAGAAGGAAGAAGCCCUCGAAGCGGCAGAAGACUUCAAGGUUGAGAUGAGUGCCCAGAUCGAAGAGGCAGAUCGCGUUCGACAGGAAUAUCGUGGCUGGCCUGUCGCCGAUGUCCUUGCCCUUCAGUCAAGAGUCGAAAGUAUCGAGAAGCAGACGAGCUGGAAGCUCAUCACUGCGGAGGACGACACAGAAGAUCCCAACGAGUUUGGUGGUGCGUUGACCCUGUCCUUCCGGGACCAGCUGCGGCUAUUCUUCUACCCCAGUGCGUAUGAGACAUCCUCCGGCGGCGGCAAGAGACGCUCCGGGAGGAAGUCGAAGUCGGUGUCUGGACCAACAGCUCCAAUCAGCCUUACAUACUCGCCCAUGAAUUACGACGGCGAGGUCGUGUCCGGGGCAGUUCCCUCAACGCAGAAUCGAUUCUUCCUGCAACUUAUCCGAAGUCAGCUGCACACCUUCUCCAUGAUGCCAAAGCGGUCAGUUGCGCCAAAGGUCGUGCUCGGGACUGUCAGUCGAGGCUGGACUCUCGCGUCGCAAGUCUCGGAGGAGAUCAGGAUGCUCAACAUGACUGGUGUGACUACAGUGCAGAUCCUUGGAGACGAAAAGCUUGGAGCGCGGACGAAACUCGUCUUCCCGGGAGGCAGCCGCAUCGAUGUGGAAUUCGAGCUGUGCGUCAACACGCUCAACGAUGGUGAGAUUGCGUCCUCGACCGCAGUGUCUGCAAAGGGCAUCUAUGGUCCCAAGGCAAGCCUUGUCGCUGGCUCGAAGGGCCGCAAGGUUCAAGUCGCGCUCACCAAAGAAGUCGAAAGCAAAGACCUCGGCUCAGGUGCCUGGAUCAGCGCAAUACAUGCUUUCGAGCAGUGGCUCGAUGGUCAGGUCGAGAAGCAGCAGGAGAAGGUUCAGCAGAAGUCGUCACAAAAGCAGACCAUUGUGAAGGCCGUUGAACCAGUCGAGAAGUCUUCAGAGCUGCCCCUAGCAGCGCCCAUCCUGUCAGCAACAACAGCUAUUGAAGCCGCAGCGACGCAGCUACGUACCGAAGAAGGAACAGACGCACAGGCCAUCCCUCAGACCGCCUCGCGCGACCUUCGGCGCUCACCACUCGCACCCAAAAGCAAGAACGUGCCUACUGCUGCGGUGCAGAAGAAGCUGCCCGUGCCGUCGAAGCGCUUCGUCAUGGCCAACGCCAAGCUAUCGCAAUUUUCUGUCUCGCAGCAGCAGCAACAAGAGGAUACGGGUGCCACAACAGCAGCGGCCGGCAAGGAGAACGUCAUCCCCUCUUCCCUGGCUGCCGUCUCUUUAGCAGCAAGCAAGCUCCAGUCCGCGGCGGCUGGGCUGCUACGCCAACCAAGCAACUACAUGACUUGGCUACUGAUCAGGACGACACUAUGGAUGUAG